ACACACACGGGAUCAGCUCUGUCCAGACUGCACAAAUCUCCCAUCUCACAUGUGUGUUUGAGCGCACGUGGGUGGGUCUACAGUGUGUGUGUGUGUGUGUGUGUGUGUGUGUGUCGGGCUCCGUGGGAAAGCUCCAGCAGCAGCAGAGGAGGUGGAGGAGAAGGAGGACUCACCGGUCAGCAGUCCGGUCUGCAGCCCCUCUCAGGCCACCUGCAUCGGACUUUAUCCCAAACGCUCACCGCUGGAAAAAUCCCUCAUGGAGAUCUGAUAUUUCCUGAAUAUCUUUUAAAGACUUUCACUGGAAACAUGUUUUGAUUGUUUUCUUCAUUUGCUGAUAUCUGAAAACAUUUUUUUAGAACGUUUCAUGCCUGAUGGAUCAUUAAUUCCACAUUUCUGCAAGAAGAAAACCUUUCAUGGUUGCAACUUUUGUUUGCUGGGAAGGAGUUUGAAACUUUGCCAACUCUUGGAUUAAACAAACAGUUUCCUUUAAUAGUCGUUAUAACUGAUCAGUCCUCCCCAGUAGGAGCUCUGAGAGACUCUGGAAGUUCUCUAAAACACUCCUUUGGGGACUUCAGUGCACCUGUGCCGCUCAUUAUUGACUAUAUCAUCGAUUAUACGUGCACUCCUGCAGUGUACAGUAGCUUAUAAUAUAUCAUAGGAAUCGGAAAGGAGUGUUUUGAGCUUUUUGGUUCCAACUCUACUGUUUGAACUCAGAUUUCCACGUCUCCUCCUCAUCGUUCAUGCGCCAUGAAGCGGCCGUGUGAGGACAGCAGCUCGGCGGAGAGUGAGGUGGAGGAGACCAUUGAUGUGGGCAGUGAGAACAUGUAUCCAGGGCACAUGAAGUCCUUUAUAAGAUGUGGAUCACCGACCACAACCACUCAAGUGAUGGCGAGGAAAAAACGCAGAGGGAUUAUCGAGAAGAGGCGCAGAGACAGAAUCAACAACAGCCUGUCAGAGUUACGAAGACUCGUCCCAACAGCGUUCGAGAAGCAGGGUUCAGCUAAACUGGAGAAAGCAGAAAUCCUCCAGAUGACCGUGGAUCAUUUGAAGAUGCUGCAAGCCACAGGGGGGAAAGGUUUUUUCGACGCCCACGCUCUUGCCCUGGACUUCCUGUCUUUGGGUUUUAGGGAGUGUGUGACCGAGGUUUCCCGCUACCUGAGUGCCGUGGAGGGCCUGGACUCCAGCGACCCUCUGCGCUGCCGCCUCCUCUCCCACCUCACCUCCUGCUCCUCCCAACGCGACGCCGCUGCCCUGAGUGCCGCCUCCCACUCGCCACAUCCCCACCACCACCAUCACCCCCAGCAGCCUCACCCUUUGCCUCACCCGUUCCACCCCCAUCACUGGGCGGCUGCCGUGGCUGCGCUGCGUCCUCUUCCGUACGGACUGAGCGGCCUCCCGGUUUCUCCGGAUGCUGGAGGUGGAGGUGGUGGAGCCCCCCAGAGGCUGGCAGAGCUGUCACAGCGCAGCAUGGCCUCCUCCACCUUUUCCUCCCACGCAGACUCCGCCUCCUCCUCCCCGUCCUCUUCCUCCUCUUCUUCCUCAUCUCUCGUGCUCCCUUGCACCCCCGCCCCUCUCUCCGCCUCCCUCCUGUCGCUCUCGGCGUCGUUCCCCAUCGCCCUCCACGGAGGUUUCCCCAUCUUCCCUUCCUCCUCCUCCUUCACCUCUGCCGCCGCCUCCAACAGUCCUCCCAUCUCCUCUUCCUCCUCUUCCUCCCACACUCCUCACAGCAGCAGUAAACCCUAUAGGCCGUGGGGAACCGAGGUCGGAGCUUUCUGACUGCAGCGCUGCUCACUAACCUUUGACUUUUUUUUGAAAAGCUGACACUUUAACAGCCUGGAAAAUUUUUUUAUCACAGUGUCAUUUACCGACUGGCUUUAACACUUGACUCAGACAAGUAGUUCUGUUAGUCUGUUAACCAUCUGGAUGGUUUUUUUUAACUGAUUUCCACCUGCUGCUGUUACAGACUGGUUGAAAAGUGUGGUUUCAUGUGGUGUCUUAUUCAGCUUUACUGUGUGUAAACAUGUUCUGUGUGAUCAGCUGCUCUUAUGUGAGGUUCAUUCCACUUGGACAAAAGUGAAAUUAAAUAUAGAAUAUUGUUUAGCCUUGAUAAGUCUGGUGAUAUUCUAUAUUUGAAUAUUGUUUUAACUCAUUCUACACAUAUCCUGCUGGCGUAAAUAAUCUAAUUUGGGAUAAGCUGCUGCUGAAAAUAGUCCCUGAACAAAUAUUUCAUUUUCUUGGUAAAAACUAAAGCCGUUGGAGGGAAUUGUUGAGCCAAAAAUAAGUUAAGAUUGUAUAUUUGUGAGGUAAGGAUGUGUUAGUGAGAUGAGGGUUGUUGACAAUGAUACAAUAUUAGAUUAACAUCAGACUUAUCCUCUAAAACAAACCUGAAACACUGACAGAAAGUAAUAACCCAAAAUCUUCCUCUAAUAAUCAGUCCCUCGUGUUUAACCCGACUUACAAGAGUCUUGGUUUGUCUGAUAUUUUACACAUAUUUCAUGGAGAAUCUAUGAAACAAAAACACAGUAGUUCUCAAACUGCCUCUCAAGACAGUUGCUGGGACAAAUAUGAAGAGAACAUUACUAAUAUUUGAUCAUGUUAGACCCCUUUUUUUUAAAUAUGUGGUUUAAAUGUAAACUUUCACUGAAUUUUCCACCAAAUAUCUGUGAUGCCCUGUGUGCCUUUGUACAAAUAAAGAUGACUAAACGGUU